GCCUGCGCCAUCUGCCUCUGCGAGUGGAGCAAGGGGGACGAUGUGCGGGAGCUGAGCGCCUGCAGCCAUGUGUUCCACGUCAAGUGCGCCGACACCUGGCUGUGGCGGCACCAAAAGUGUCCCAUGUGCCGCACGCCGCUGGCCGGAGAA